AUGAAGAUCACAUUUAGCUUCGUGAUGUCCGUGGCAUUGGUGGCCUCGCUCUGCACGGCGAGCCCACAUCUGGUCGCCAAGCAUGUGGUGAAGAACCUAGUCGCAAAGCAUGUGGUGAAUAACCUAGUCGCAAAGCAUCUGCACCCCAAGACAGUCACGCACACCGUAGUCUACACUCCGGUCGUGGCACCGCAUCCAGUGGUUGCCGCUCCAUCCCUUCAUGCGAAGCUCGCCAGCACUGUCGGUGCGCUUCUGAAGAAACCUCUGCUACAACAUCCCUGGCUUGCCAAACUUACGCCUGGUGGUGUCGUCGAGGUGUACCGCAAACAUGUGCCUUCGGCAGCACCUUAUCCAGCUGCAGUUGCACCUCCCGUAGUCGUGCUGGAUCUACCGCAUGAAGUAGAAGAACAUCAUACGGUGACCACCACCGUGGUAGCUCCACCAGCACCUGUCCCCGUCGUUCCAGCUCCUGUACCCGUCGUCCCAGCACCUGUGCCCCUGCCAACACCUGUCCCCGUUGUUGUUCCUGCUCCGGUGUACGGUGUCCCGGCACCGACUUACGGUCUGCCAGCUACCUCCGAACAUUUAUCGACCUCUUCGUCGUCAUCUGCCAGCAGCACGUCGGAAUCAACCGGCGCUGAUAGUGCAGCGAAAUAUGUUGCCGUAAAUCUGGGCGCACGUCACGAGGCACCCCUGCCAGGUUACGAUCAUUCGGUUGUGCUUGAAAAUCUAGAACCUGCACCAGGAACCGAGGGUUUGACGAUGUUGGUGCCACCGGUCGUUUCGAACGAGCUAAACAACUGGAACGCUGAACCAGUAGUGCUCCGAGGACAGGAUCUGCUGUCAUCCGACUAUCUGCGAAUGGCCAGCGUGCCGACGGUGGAAGGUUCCAGUGAUGGGGAGGCACGGUACGUCGCCAUCAACAACGGCGUACGCCACGAGGCACCGUUGCCGGGAUACGAUCAUUCGAUCGUGAUCGAAAAUCUGGACACCGUGUGA